UGAUAGUCAUCUUUCCCCACCUCUUUGCUGUCGCUCUUGUUUUCUGCGCUUUAUUUUAUCUCAAAUUAUGGAAGGACAAACGGAAAAUAAUCCCACAAAUGCAGAACCAGGGGUUUUGAAUCCUCCUGGAUUCCCAACUAGUGCACAAGAAGCUUUAGAAUCUGUCAAAUCAGUACCAUGCAGCAAUACUGGCAACCCUGUUUUUUCCUGCAUGUCUCGAGUGGAAGUAGAAAGAGAUGAAAUGGCUUGGGAUGGAAGUUAUCAACCACAACAUCCUUUGUACAAAACCUCUUCAAGUAUUUACGGAAUUCUCCCCGCAACACAUGAAUCAGCACCAACAACUUUUCACGGAAAAUCACAAAGAUUUUCUCAACAUUUAGGAGUCUGUGGAAUGUACAGGAACCAUUCUUUAAACACAUGGACUAAUAAAAGUAAAGUGUAUGACUCCCCCAGGAUGUGAACGUUUUUAUUAUUUUUUAAAUUUGUAUAUUAUUAUCUCCGUUAGAGCUCAGGCAUUCCUCCCAUAGAGCCAUACUAUUUCAAAAUGUUACGUUUUUGAAGAGGAUUCCGAUAUUUUAUUUCUUAUUACCCACCAAAUUCCAAAAAUACAAUUAUCGCUUCAACUAUGUUUUGCCAUGUGCUGCAAGUGAAAUAUGAAAACAUUUGAUUGUGCACUUUCUUGCUUGAAAAAUUAAUUAAUUAUUUAAAGUACCCAAGGGGGAAAUUAUGUGUCAUUUUGAGAAUCGGAUAUUAUACCUAUCUAUCAUUCGCUGUUGGUAGAUAUCUUUGAGAAGCAUGAUAUUAUGUUUGGACAUUCUUGCAAAAUAGAAACACAAAAAGUGUUUUCCCAUAGUUAACUUAGAACCCCUGAUUUUACAGUCUAUCUAAAACAAUAGCAUAUGGGUACCCGCGGUAUUCACCCUUUAGGUUCGACAACCUUGCAUUAUCGCAUGCUGAAACAAUCUAAAAUUUUCUGUCAGAUAUUGGUUCGUAUUAGGAGACUUCAUAUUCACUAUGUCAAGUGAAACGCUUGU